AUGAUGGGAGGCUGGACCUCUGGACACAUCCUCCACUUGAAGCUCCCCCACCGUCGGCUGUCAUCCUCUGAAGCCAUGCCAGAAUCGCUGCAGGAGCUCUGUAACUGUGGAAAGUGGGUUUUGGUGCGGCAGCACACUUCAGGGGUCGAGCUCGGGCGGGCGCGCACACACACAGAGGCCUCCACAUCACGCAGCGCGGCCGGCUUCAAGUCCGGAAAACGGAGAGCUCUGUUGGAGGUUAUCCUGGCCGGCAGAGACUGCUUGGUGGCUGGAGACUCGUGCUCGAGUGAUGAGACUUGUAGUCCACGCCUGCGGACUUUGCGUCAGUGUGUGGCGGGCAACGGCAGCGUGAAGCUGGGGCCCGGUGCCAGGAGCCAGUGUGCCAAUGCAGUGUCCGCCCUGCUGUCCAGCCCCUUGCAUGGCUGCCAGUGUAAACGGGGCAUGAAAAAGGAGAAGAACUGCUUGAGCAUCUACUGGAGUCUUCAUCAGUCCAUCAUACAUGGGCUCAACCUGGUGGAGAGUUAUCCCUAUGAGACGGUGCAUAAGGAUUACGACUACGUCCGCUUGGCCUCUAUUACAGCCGACUCAGAUGUUGGCAUGACAACUGUGAAUCGCUGCCUGGAUGCGGCCAAGGCUUGCAAUGUGGAUGACUUGUGCCAGAAGCUCCGCACAGAAUAUGUCUCAGCUUGCAUCAAACCCACUGCCAAGUCCGGCCUGUGCAAUCGGCUUAAAUGCAACAAGGCUCUGCGCAGGUUCUUUGACCGCGUCCCGGCCGACUACACGCACGAGCUGCUCUUCUGCCCCUGUACGGACACAGCAUGCGCAGAGCGACGAAGGCAGACGAUUGUACCCAGCUGCUCCUAUGAAAGCGUGGAAAAGCCCAACUGCAUUACACAGAUGAGGAUCUGCAAAGCUGACUAUGUGUGCAGGUCUCGCCUGGCGCAGUUCCAGUACGACUGUGAACCCUCCGAAACGUCUGCCAAUGGCUGCAUGCAAGGGAACUAUGGAGCCUGUCUCCUCGCCUACACAGGGCUCUUAGGAAGCACGAUAACUCCCAACUAUGUCGACAACUCAACGUCCAGUGUGGCCCCGUGGUGCUCCUGCUUGGCCAGUGGGAGCCGGAGAGAAGACUGUGAUAAUUUCCUUGGAUACUUCAAUGACAACAUCUGUCUCCGUAAUGCUCUUGAGGCGUUUGGAAGUGAAUCAGACCAGCAGCCAACCGUCAGCCAGUCCAGUACACCCGGCCACAGCAGCAGAGAAAGCAGGAGCACCGCAUCUCCACCAGACACCAUAGAAACGAUGAAGAACAUUCUGGAUACAAUAAUACCAACACAGGCCCUGGGAAACGAACUACUUGUGGGCCAGUCCACCCUGUCAUCCAACAGCCUCUCAAACUCUGCUUCACCUCCCAGCUUAUUGCUUCAAGCUGCCUUCAGCCUUCUGUUGUUGCUCCUUCAUCUGCUCAACAAUGGACACUAA